CCAUGUAGACUCCUCUCCCCCCCUCCCUCCCUGCCAGUCUCCCCCACUCCCCACUUCCCAAGCCGGAUCACUGUUUAGGGAGGGCAGUCAUCACGCAAUCCUGAGCAGCAGGAGCUGACGUUGGACGGAGCUGCCAGGUAGCUGGGGAAAAAAAAGGCACAGAAGGCAGCUGAUCCCCACUUUCCAUCGGUUUCUGAGUCUGGAUCUGGACUUCAAGCAUCACAGCGCCCGCGCCAGCUGAUCUGAACCUCAGUGUAUUACAAUCCCCGCUCUUCCCAGAGACAAGAUUGCACUGAGUAGCAGAAUGCGAGCAGUGUCGCAGCCAGGGCUACAGCAUCCAGCCGCUUUGUAAUUUAUCCCCCCCUCCCAUCCCUCCUCCUCCCUUGUAUUAUUCCUUUCUUUGAGGGCACCUUUGGCUUUUGUUACCCUGAUGUGACUUUUUCUUCGCUUUGGAAUGAUGGGGAUCUUUCUGGCUUAUGUUGGAUUCAUUUUCUUUUCAGUGAUGUAUAUUCAGCAAGGACUUUCCACCCAAGCAAAAUUCACCGAGUUCCCCCGAAAUGUCACCGCCACCGAAGGGCAGAACGUGGAGAUGUCUUGCGCCUUCCAGAGCGGCUCCGCCUCGGUGUACCUCGAGAUCCAGUGGUGGUUCCUGCGGGCCGCCGAGGACCAGGAGGCCGGAGCCGAGGUGACGGGCACUCAGGUGGAGCUCUUACCAGAGAGAGACUUGGACAAUGAUGGAACAAAGAUAAGCACAGUGAAAGUACAAGGGAAUGACAUCUCCCACAAGCUGCAGAUUUCAAAAGUGAGGAAAAAGGAUGAAGGCUUGUAUGAGUGCAGGGUGACAGAUGCCAACUAUGGAGACCUUCAGGAAUACAAGGCUCAGGCAUUUCUCAAAGUCAAUGCGAAUAGCCACUCUCGGCGAAUGCAGGCCUUUGAAGCAUCCCCAAUGUGGUUGCAAGAUGUGAAACCUCGCAAGAACAUCUCAGCAGCUGUUCCAAGUAGCAACCAUAACUCUGCCAAUCAGCGUGUGCGCUCCACUUCCAGCCCUGAAGCAGCAGCCAAAAUCCCAAAACAAAGUCCACAAUCAGCAAAGAGCAAAUCGCCUGUAAAAUCCACGGAGCGGACAGCAAAGUUGACCCUAACCUCCAACCACCACUCUGCACCCAAUGUACUCUAAAUCUCUACACAAGGAGCACCGUCUUCAGGAAGUACAAAUAAAACAAAACAAAAUAAAAUAAAAAAAUAUAUAAAAAAGAAGAGGAUACCACACAUUUUCUUGAAUAUAUAUUAUUUUCUUUGACGUAUCACUGAUCUUUUAUUUGAAGAGAACUGGUGUGAUGUAAUAGAACAUUUUGUAAUGGCAAGAUCUUGUUUCCAUUUCUUUUGGCAAGUAGAAGCAUUAUAUCCUUGACUGCUCAGGGGUUGGCCUGUGAGUCAUCAGUAUUACAAGAUUAAUUGUGUAUGGCAUUUGGUUUCCAACUUUGAAAGAACUGUUCCAACCUGGAAGCAAACAGAGGCCAAAAGAACCAAAACAAAUCUCCAGAAAACAAAUUGACUCAGUGUCAGCUACAACAAAACACUCCCACAAACUUUGACAAAAAGCCAUUUUUUUUUGUUUGUGGGGAGGGAGGGCAAACCAAAAAAUUCAACCUUAAAGCAGCUAACAGGACUAAAGGAUGUGGUUUCUGGACAAGCAAGCAAGAAGUUGUAUUAAGGUUUUUGUUCUUUUGUUUGUUGUUUGUUGCAUUUUUUUCCUUUCUCACUUUUUCCCUCCUCCCUCUUCGUUUUUUCUUGGUUUGUUUCUUGUUCAAUGGUGGCAGUUGCUGACUUAGGCCAACUCCUGAUGACUGCGUGGAGGUUAAUAUAAAUACAUCUUUUUGUGUGUUCUAUAUUUCAGUGUGUUUUCUCUAAUUUUGCAACUCCUGUAUAUGCAAAACUAACUAAAUUCUGUAAAUUGCUAACAGUAUGUGUGAUAUGACUUCAGAGUAGACAUACUAUGGUCUUCAUGCAAGCCAGUUUUUAAUAUUAUCUAUAUGUCGUGCCACCAACAGCCAUCUUUGUUUCCUUUUUUGAUGAAGCAUUAUUUUUUAAUUUGUAAUUCAGUACUGUGUGGAUUUUGUAAUACAUACAUUCACUUCCACUGGUUUGACCCCUUACAGAUGGCAGUGCAGCCCUCUGUUUACUCUGUAAAAUGCACAUUAAAAUUUGUUAUGGUCUCUGAACACUGAACUAUUUUAGUUUUGUGUACAGUGUGCUGCAGUUUGAUUGCUCAAAGCCCAUUUAAUUUAAGAUGCUUAUUGAAGAUGAAGUGAUUUUAACAGUGGAGAAUGUAAAUGUGACUUUGCAGGGAAAUACUGAAUAUGAGCAAAGUUAAAGGAUGGGGGUGGGACAAGCUGACAAACAAACAAAAAAGCCACAAAGUGAACCAAACUGUCAUGUUCUCGAAAAAUUUAUUUCAAGAAUGGCUUUUACGAAGAAUUUUACUGUACUGGUUUGCUAGAGCCACAAAAGUACUAUGACUAUGAGGUUGCUUUGUUUACCAUUUCUAUAGGUUUGUCAUUGUUCAUUUAUACUCUUAUUCAGAUUAACUUAUGCUAUGCUUAUGAACUGAAAAUGAAAUGUUGGUGUUGGCUGGAAGUGAUAUGCAUAACACGAAUUACACUCAGUAAUGAAAAAAGGAAAAUGUAUUAACAUUUGUUGCUAGAAACAGACAGUUUUUAUUGUUUCCUCACUCUCUUUACUCUUGAAUAAUCCAAAUCCUUCCUGCUGGUUCAUCUAUGGUCCAAACAAUAAUUUAUACAGUACUUUACAUGAUUCCUUGAUCUAUUGAUAAAAUACCCUGCAUCACAAUAUGAUCAGGAGAAAGAAUGGUAUCUCAUUUUAACCUAAUAUCUCUUUCUCCUCAUAGUCAAAAAGAAGUAGCUACAUUUAGUGUCCCUCAGAUCUAAGGCAGGGGUUGGAAACUUAUGGCCCAUGGGUUGGAUCUGGCCUAUGGAGCCACUGAAUCUGGCUCAUGGAGUUAGAGAGCUUUGACUAUGUUUGGUGGUGGGUGGCUAUGCCUGCCCUGUUGCUGGGUGAUGGAAAGAAGUGGUGAUAAUGGCAGCAGCUGGGUCCUAGUGCUGGCCUUUCUUGGAUUUGAGCUAGGCCAUUCCAGGCCAUUGUCUGAAAAUGUUGCUGGCCAUUGGUCCAAGGCCAGAAGGUCUAAUACUGCACUUUUCAAAAGUCUCUUAAUGGUCUAUUUCUCUUCCCUUUAAAAAUUAAUGGCAUAGGGUCAGUCUGUGGACUGGAUCCAGCACAGGGUCAGAGUUUAGGAUCAGUCCGUGGGUGCAAAUCUGUGUGCCAGCCAGGACUGACAUGCUGGAUCUGGCCUCAUAAUGAUCCCAUGCACUGGUAUGAUCAUUCAACCCCAUAGAGGCCCCCACUGGUAUGAAAAUUUGACAGCAGGAGAAUGGUGGCAACAUUAAUUGUCACCACAAAUAAUGCUGCCACUACCCCAUCAUGAUGGUGGGAUCUUGUACUGCUCCCUCAUUGCUACAUUUCUUCCUCCUGGCUAGUCCCACAAGCUGAAUGACAGCUUCAUAAGUCUUGUAUCUGGAUUGCAUAAAAGUGCAAAUUGUGUUCACUUUGAACAGGAGAUUACAUUAACUUCACUAAGAGUACUCACAAUAUUAAAUCAAACACAAUUUGGAACAUAAUUUACAUUUGUUAAAAAUAUAUUUUAUAAUUCCCAUAUUUACUUGAAUAUAAGGCAACCCUGAAUAUAAGGGGACCCCAAAUAAUUAGAUUAUGUUUUUGGAAAAUUUAUAAAUUCAUUAUAAUUUUCCUAGUGUAGAAUCUAAGUAUUGAAAGGUUGUCUUAAAUCCCCCUACCCACCAUGUGCUUCAUGCCUAGGAUAGACCCCAGCCCACGCCAGAGCUGAACUGUAGUGGGUGGGGGUAGGAAAAAGAAGCUGAAGAAGGGAAGUGGAAGCAGGAGCAGGAGGGUGCUAUGGGUCUGACUCUGGCCCUGACCUGGGCUCAGGGCCAGAGUCAGAGCCACAGCAGCCACCCAUUCCCCCUUUCUGCUUCGUAGGCAAAUAUAAGACAAAGGACUUUUUUCUCCAUCAUGAUUGGGAGGUAAAACCUCAUUUUAUAUUAGAGUAAAUACAGUAGUUUCACUUCUGCAAUAUCAUUACUUCACAUUUCCUUAUCAUUUCUUACUGUUAAAUUAUUAUAAUCUAAUCCAGAGCAGAAUGAUACAGUCAGGCCAGAGGAGGAGAAAAAAGAGAAAGAUUAAUUUGUUUAAAUGUCCUAGUACAGAAUUUUGUGUUAAAGAAAUUUUGUUAACAUUGUUAAUAUUGUAUAGCCCUGUUGAUACAGAAAAUAAAAAGAUCCUUGGUUUAAUCUGAAACAAGGCUAAAUAAAAUUAAAGAAAGACAUGAAAGAG